AUGAAAAGGUAGGUUUUAUCAAUGUUAGAUUAGGGACCACUUUUUAGAAAAGUUGAAAGUCCUUAAUUAAGUCCAAAAACUUAAUCAUAAUUAUAAUAACAAUAAUAACAAUUAUAAUUAUAAUCAAAAACAUAAUAAAAUAAUGCAGAAUAAUAAAUAUAAAAUAAAGUUUAAAAUUAUUUAUCUAGAAAAAGUGUUAAUCUCUAACGACUUUCAUAAAGAAUGGAUGAUAUUAAUAUAUCUAAAAGAUCUAUUUUAUACACUAGUUCAGCUGAGAGAGAUUUAAAGAUUUCCUCUAGAUUUUUUAAAGAUUUUAUUGGUGUAUCAUAAUAAUUAAAGAAUAAGGAGAAAUAAGAUCCAGAAUUAUUAAAAGAAUCAUAUAAAUAUUGGGCAUAAGCCAUAAAAACUAAAAAGGAUCCAUAAAAGAAAAAGAAAGUAGGAGCUGUAUUUAGUACAUCAGUAAGAAUGAAACUAGAAAAAAUGAGAGCUUUAAUUUUAGAUUGUGUUAAGAAAUUAAGAUUUAUGAAAUUAGAUCCUGAAUUGUUAAUGUAAAAUAGAACAAUAUUAAAAAAUCCAUAUUAAAGAGAAGGUUCUUAUGUAUUUUUUAAAGGAGUUACCAAAAAUGAUUUGGAUUUAGUAAAAUUGAUGCUUGAUAAAUGUAGAUUUUAUGCUUUUGAUGUAAAUGAGAAUUUCUAGACAGCAUUACAUAUAUGUUCAAGAAAAGGACAUUUAUAAAUAGCAAAAAUGUUAUUUUAACAUGGAACUUACCCUGAUGUAAGAGAUGUUAGUAAUAGAACUCCAUUAUAUUAUGCACUUAUUAAUAAUCAAAAAGAAUUAGUAUAACUAUUAUUAUCACAUAAAUGUAAUCCUUGGUCAUUUUCUGGUUGUACUUAUGAAACUGAUGAUCCAAUAUUAACAAAAAUGUUAAAAAUAGCCAGAAGAGUAAAUAUAUAAUUAUAUAUGAGUAGCUGGAUAUGUUAUUGAUGAUGACACCAUAUAAUACAAGAUAAUAAACUUGGAUUAAUUAUUGUAGAGUUUUCUAUGAAUUUUGA